GGACGCGGUUAAACGUAUUUUUGAUUCGCUGGCAGUUUCUAUGCUAACCGUAAAUAUAUAAGCAUAGUCAAAUGGAACGAAAUUUAAACAGUUAAUUAAUGUAGUCUGAAUUGGAGUUGAAUUCAGUUACGUGAUAUGGUUCAGCGAGAAAAUGUCACCUGAGGAAAUAAGUCCAUAAACGAAAACAGCCACGAUUUUGUUUCAGCGAGUGAGAAUGUGAAAACGGAAGUGAUUUUAAUUUUUCGCUUUCGCUGUGGAUGUUGUGCUUUUUUGUUUUAUUUGCAAAUAUAUAACACUAUGUUUUGGUACUGGAUAACUACACCAAGUCUAGAUGACUCACCAAACGGAAGUUUAGGAAGCCGAUGUUUUGCUGUAAAAGUUUUCUCUCCACGCUUGUGAAGUAAAGUUCUGGCACGGUUCCGUCACGCUAAUGGGCCCGAAGGCAAGAAAAGCGUUGUAAAAUCACCAUGUGUAACGAUCAUCUCAACACGCUACAGUGAGCACACCGCGUUAAUGAAUAGAGGGCAGAUGCAUUGCUUAUCUAGUCGUUAGAACUCGAAAUAAUAAUGGAAACAAAACUGCAUCAAGAUUUAUUUUCUUACUUCCAGAUUACGACACCACCGAAGGAAAAAAAUCUGCAAUAUCUAAAAUGUUGUCGUUUACAUGAAAGAUGGGUCGGACUAUUUGUGAUUUUUUGUGGCAAGUAUUAAAUCUUGUGUUCACUAAAAACUUUGUGAAACUAUACGUGUUCAAAAAAGUGCGUUUAAAAGUGAUUCUGUAUUUAUUAGUGGUGUUACCCUCGGUGUCAUGUAAUCGUCCACCUAGAUUUGUAGUAGAAAAUCAAUCAGAAAUAGUGUUAACGCUUAAAGAGGGUCCCGAUACUUCUGUUGGUUCUUUGAUAUACAAGCUCAAGGCUUAUGAUCCCGAUGGUGAUCCUCUCACAUUUGGUGUGCGUGAUUCCGAUGAUAGUGAUUACAUUAGGGUAGUGCAUAGUGGUGCGAAUGAGGCAAAUAUUUAUUUAAACAGAGAGCUUGAUCGAGAAACCAAAGAUGAAAUCCAUUUCGUGCUAACGCUAAGUGAUGGUCGACUGGGUGAUUUCUCGGUUACUCAAAGCUUAUUGCUUCUGGUAGAGGAUGUAAAUGACAACGAACCCAUAUUCAAACCUUUUACCUCAGCUGUAGAAGUCUCAGAAGACAGUACACCUGGAAUUAUUGCAACGGUUGAAGCAACCGAUCGGGAUGAAGGAGCAUACGGGCAGGUAGUAUACUAUCUGGAAGAACUGGAUGGGAGCAACGAUGUAUUCACUAUAUCAACUACACAUGGAAAAGGAGUCGUUCGGUUGAUCGGGUCUCUUGAUUAUGAGAGAAAGAGUUUGUAUCAUCUGCGAAUUUUGGCGAAAGAUCGAGCUAAUCAGGGUAGAAUAAAUACAGCAACAGCUGCCUUACUCGUUAGACUGAAGGACGUGGAAGAUCAACCGCCUGAAUUUGUAAUAGCUUCUCCGGUAACGCGAGUCUCGGAAGACGCUCCCAUUGGAACGUUAGUUAAUAAAGUCGAAGCUAUUGAUGGAGACCGAGGUGUAAAUAAUCGCAUCCGAUACUCAAUAGCGCCAAACAAUAGUAUUCCAUUUAGAAUAGAUCAACAUUCAGGAAUGAUAUUCACUUCAACGAAACUAGAUCGAGAGGAUGAAAGAAAUCGAUUAAACGCAGCCUACAUUCUUGAAGUCACAGCAACAGAGGUUUCUCAAAUAAAGCCUCAACCAUCUGUUAGAACGGAAAUCACUAUAAUUAUUACUGAUGUCAAUGAUGAAAUUCCGACUUUUAGGAGUGCUGCAUAUGAGUGUGAGAUUAAUGAGAAUUCUCAACAUAACACAGCCGUAACGUUCUUAGGAUUAGAAAGAAACGAAGUUUUCGACUACGAUCAAGGAAAUAACGGUACAUUCGAUUUGUACUUGGAACCGGACAAUGGAGCCUUUGAAAUUCUCCCCAGUCGUGCGGUUAAUGAAGCAACCUUUCUGUUACGUGUUAGAGAUUCAUCGCUACUGGAUUUCGAAAAAAAUAAUACAUUAAACUUUUCAAUUAAAGCCAGGGAAGUUGCGACCCCGUGGCGGCAUAGUGUAGCAAAAGUUGUAGUCCAUAUCCGAGAUCAGAAUGAUAACUUUCCAGAGUUUUCGAAAACCAUGUACGAGUGCUAUUUGCCGGAAAAUAGUAGUAAAGGAACGUUAGUUACUCAAAUUCAAGCAAUUGAUGUUGAUUCUGGAGAUUUCGGAACAAGCGGUAUACGUUUCAUUAAUUUAUCAGGAAGUAUCGCAAAUAUACUUGCACUGGAUUCUUUGACUGGUGUCAUAACUGUCGAAAAAUACGGAGAGAGCGCAUUGGAUCGUGAAUUAGUUCAGAAGCAUUAUUUGAGCGUUGAGGCUCGAGAUAAUCUAGGAAAAGGAAACCGCAAUACUGUGCAGCUGGUAGUACAUGUUUUGGAUGUGAACGAUAACCCGCCAUUUUUCCUGCAAAAUUUAUACGAGGCUCGUUUGUUGGAGAACAAGUUAUCACUUGAAACGCCUCUUAUCAUAGAAGCAAGGGAUGCAGAUUUGAAUGGAACUCAGAAUAGUGAGAUAUGGUAUGAUAUUAUUGAAGGUGAAUUCAAAAAUAAUUUCACAAUUGAUAACAGAACGGGGAAAUUGGAACCGAGGACGCCAAUUGAUUUUGAACUUCUGGAUGGAGGAACAUUUAAUAUUCGUCCAAUUCAUCUGACCGUGUUAUCAUUCGAUGGUGGAAUUCCGAAGCUAAGUUCACGAGUUCCCGUUGUAAUUUACGUACAAGAUGUAAAUGACCAUCCUCCAACAUUUCUGCAAUCGACGUAUGUAACGUCGAUUGCUGAAGAUCUUCCAAGUGGCAGUACAGUAAUUGAAGUAAAGGCUGAAGACGGGGAUGGAUCACCGCCGAAUAGUUUCAUAGUAUAUAGAAUACAUAGCGGGGCAAGUGAUAAAUUUGUGAUAAGCCCGGACACUGGAGUUAUAUCCGUUGCGAUGGGAGCCACAUUAGAUCUUGAUAUGACUGAUCCAAGAAUAACAGAAUAUUCGCUUCGUGUUCUUGCUUUAGACGGCGGGAUUGGAGAACAACAACUGCAGAGUUUCUGCACAGUCAACAUUACGAUUACUGACGUGAAUAAUAAAACGCCCUACUUUAUAAAUCCUGGAACGAUAUCGAUUCGUGAAAAUACUCCAGUUGGAACAUAUACUUACAGAUUGAUGGCACAUGAUCUCGACGAUGGGCAUGUGCUUCGUUAUUAUCUGGAUGUCAACACAUCGGAAGCUAGAUCGGAAGAAGGAGUGCUUGUGAAAGUGAGCGAGUACGAUUAUUUGUCGGCAUUUUCACUGAAUUCCACUGACGGUGUUAUCAGGGUGGUGAAACUACUUGACCGUGAAAAAUCAGAAAUGAUAAAAUUGGGAUUGAUUGUGAAGGAUAUUGCGGCUAAGAAUGGUUUGCAGACAGCCACAACUACACUAACCAUUAUGAUUGAAGAUGAGAAUGAUAAUAACCCUAGGUUCAAAAAAUCUUUCUAUAAACGAUCAAUACCAGAGAAUAGCCCGAAUGGCGUAACAAUUAUGAGCGUGGUUGCAUUCGAUAUUGAUAAAAACAAAACUAUUCAAUAUAGUUUGGAGGGCCUGAAAGAGGAAACAAAUCCACUUCAUCUGGAUAUGGAAACCGGUGAAAUUGUGGUGGCUAACAAAAUUGAUCAUGAAGCUUUUCGCUGGUUAAAUUUCACUGUUAAAGCAACCGAUUCCGGCUACCCACCAAGAUCAACAUUUGUUGAAGUAUUUAUACAAGUAAUAGAUGAAAAUGACAAUAGUCCAGUCUUUUCGCCAGAUGUAGUACAUUUCACAAUACAUGAAAACUCGCUAAUCGGGACGGAAGUUGCUAUCAUACAUGCGGAGGAUGCUGAUUCUGGAAGUUUUGGGAAAAUCACAUAUCUUCUGGAUAGAAUGAGUUCUGACGGUAAAUUUUCUAUAGAUCCGGACACAGGAAGUCUCGUUGUAGCCGAUCAUAUAGACCGUGAGAUUAAGAAUGUAUACGCUCUGGUGAUUGAAGCAUGGGAUAAUUAUCAAUUUGGAUACUCGAGCGGAGAGAGCCGGAACUCCUUCAAGCAAAUUUUUAUCACGGUGCUGGAUGAAAACGACAACUCUCCAGUGAUUCAAGCUCCAAAUGAAUGUAUUCAGGUGACGGAAUUCCAUGACAUUCAAGAGCCUCUGUUAGAAUUGAAAGCCACUGAUGCUGAUGAUCCCAAAACAGGGAAUGGGCUUGUAAAUUUCAAUAUCGUUGAUAUCGUUGGAUUGGAUAUAUUUCAUCUUAAGCAGAAAGAAGCAGGAACGGCCGAAAUAUUUUCAUCGCGGUCUUUGAAUAAUCUUUACGGCAACUACUCCCUUUUGGUGAUGGCAAGCGACGGUGGGAACCCAUCGAAUCAUGUUAACAAAAACAUAGAUAUUUGUGUCUUGGAUUUCAACGACCAUGCGCCGGUCUUCAUAUCUCCCUCUAACAAUAGCACAAUAAGAGUGGCUGAAAACACAACUAUCGGAACCAAUAUAAUUCAGGUUACCGCGAUAGAUAGCGACAUUGGCCUCAAUGCUGCAAUUAAAUAUCGUUUCAAACCCGAUUUAUUCGGAAGUUAUCGUUUAUUUUCGAUCGAUGAACAUACUGGAUUGAUUACACUAAAGUUGCAACUUGAUAGAGAACAACAGAAAAAACAUGAACUAAGAAUAGAAGCGUUCGACCAGGGUGUUCCAACGUCUCUAAGUUCUACCCUAGAAUUGAGUAUCUACGUGUAUACAAAUGAUUGCGAGCCACAAUUCUUAGUUGAAAAAAUAAACGUGAAUUUUACGGAACACGCUGAACCGGGCAUAGAACAUUGGAAAUUACCGGAUACGGUAAAUGUUGAUGAAAUAGAAGAUAAUGAUUUUGCACAGACGAAUGUUUGUUAUUCCAUCGUGAACGGCAAUGCCAAUAACACCUUUCAACUGGAUCCAUAUAGUCACAUAUUGAAGGUGUUGAGCGAACUUGAUCGCGAGAUAAUCUCUAAUUAUACGCUGCUGGUUAAAGCUACAAAGGACUGCGGCAUUACACUACAGAACAGAUCUCUCAGCUGGGAGGAUGCUGUAUUUCCGAAAGUCAACGGAGGCGAAAAUUUUCGAAGGAACUACAGAAGUUAUCACGACCUUGGAAGACAAUUUAGUGAACAGGAUAUGCAAACGGGAAAAUAUACACGCAACCGUUCAAAUAAUUCAUUUUUGCGUGUGCAGAUUAACGUACAAGACAUCAAUGAUAAUCCACCGGUGUUUGUGCAAAAGAUUUUUACUGGUGGAGUCACUACUACUUCAGUUUUCGGAACACAGUUCAUGAAGCUAACAGCAAUCGAUCUAGAUGAAGGCAUUCAUGGCCAGGUGAACUACUAUCAAACCGGUGAGAUAAAGAAGACGCUAACAGAAGACUUAGAAAAUCUGCAGAAUCCACCUUUCAAAGUGGAUCGGAAAACGGGUGCAGUCCAAUUGAAUUUUGAUCCUCAGAAAGGAAUGAGGGGUUAUUUUGACUUCAAAGUAAUUGCUAACGAUAGUGCUGGCCAUACAGAUGAAGCUCAUGUGUUUAUCUACUUGUUGCGGGAAGAUCAGAGAGUUAAGUUUGUUCUACGUUUGCAACCAUCGGAAUUGCGGGAGAAGAUUCAUGUUUUCCAAAACGCGUUGAGCAAUGUUAGCAGUUGCAUUGUGAAUAUAGAUGAUUUUAGAAUACAUCAAAAUCAGGAUGGAUCGGUAGAUAGAACGAAGACUGACUUGUAUCUGCAUCUAGUGAAUCGGAAGGACAACUCUAUCUUGGAUGUUUCAGAUAUUUUAAAAUUGAUGGAUCAGAACAUUGAGAAGCUGGACGAACUGUUUAAGGAAUUCCAUGUAUUGGACACACAGGCAUCGGAGGCAUCCUUUUUAACUGCGCAACUAGCGGAGAAAUCGAUGCAAGUAUGGUUGAUCGUAUCCAACAUUUUCGUCAGUUCACUAUUGGUAGUUGUUCUGGGAUUGUGUAUUUCGCAACGUUCUGGUUACAGGCGUCAGUUACGAGCUGCACGUGUUACUAACUACGCUAAUAAUCAACCUGACUUAAUGGCUCGAAGUAUUCUCAAUUCAGUGCCCAAUACAAACAAACACAGCGUAGAGGGCAGUAAUCCUAUAUGGAUGCCAUCUUAUGAGAAUGAAUGGUUUAAGCAUGACGAUGAUGUCACUAAAAAUAUUUCAGGGCCGGAAUCAAUCGAGGAAAAUGUUUUCAAUGCGGACGAUUACUUAGUUAAGAGGUACAAUACCGAGAAAUACGAUAUUGUUAAGCAGUACAAUUUGUAUACAAAGAUUGAUAAGCUUACAAACGGGAACAUACUUACCAAAAAACUUGAAACUACGGAGCUUUAAAUGUAUAGUAAUGCAUGAAUUUGGUAUAAACGUAAAAUAAAAAUAGUUUCGUUUCGGUUCGAACUAA